AAUAACCAGGGUAAUAUCUGUAUCUUACAAGCUUACAGUGGACGUGGUCGGGUUAAAUAUAAAUAGGAGACUAGUGCAGCUGUAAAGUUCCUUCAGACGCCGUAAACCAGAAGCCCGUCACUGUAUGAUGAGUAAUGCGCCGUUACCUCGCCUUUAACUUCCGCAGCAUGAAAACGCUAACGCUUGGACUGACCCUUGUUCGACAUGGGGAAACUCAGUACAACAAAGAUGGACUUCUACAAGGCCAGGCUAUAGACUUACCUUUAUCUGAGACAGGGCUUAUUCAGGCAGAAGCUGCAGGAUGGUACCUCAGAGAUGUCAAGUUCUCCAAUGUGUUUGCGAGUGAUAUGCUGCGCGCCAAACAGACCGCUGAAACAAUAAUGAAAUGCAACACCAGUUGUUCAGCUCUACAAAUAGUGUGUGACCCUCUACUUAAAGAAAAGAGCUUUGGGACAGCCGAAGGGGGACGGUUGCAGGACUUUAAAGACAUGGCCAAGGCUGCCGGACAGUCAUUUCCAGGCUUCACGCCUCCAGGAGGAGAAACUCAGGAGCAGGUAAAGGAGCGAGUCAAAGAGUUUUUGGAGAAAAUGCUUCAGCAAAUUGGGGCUGAACACUUCCACGAGAGAGGGCAGGACGAAAUCGCCUUAUCUGCUCCACCAGAGACAUCGCCCGCUGAGGGAAAGGCAGACGACGGGGUCAAGGAUGUCCCUGUCCACGCUUUGGUCGUCACCCAUGGAGCUUACAUGUGCGUGGCGGUGCGUUACUUUGUGGAGGAGUUGCGCUGCUGCUUACCUCAGGGUUCUGAUAAAGCGCAUAUGUUCUCUUUGAGUCCUAACACAGGCCUGUGCCGGUUCAUACUAACCCUGAGAAAACAGAAUGACAGGUUCCUAUUAUCAGCACUCCGGUGUGUUUUUAUCCACAGGGGUGACCAUGUUAAACAGUAGGAGACUUCAUGUAGCAAAGCAGAGAUCAUGCUAUUUUAAAUUUGUUUCAGCUACCUCACCAUAAGGUUAAUUUAAAUGUUAAUUAUUUUAUAUAAGGAGCACCUUCAGCCAACUUCAGAUAGUUUGUAUUGCAAGAAAAUGUCAUCGUCACAUUGUUGUCGUCUGGCUGUUCAUUACUACAAACGUGGGUGGUUCUGUGCUCUAAUGAGUUCUAGUUUCUAAGUUUAUCCUCUAGGAGUUCAUACACUGCGUAGGAACACAGAGUAGAACUGCAACCGUGUUUACUUUUUGGGAAUGAGUUACUUUUUCAUUGUUGUGUUUUAACACUUAGCAAGGUCAGCAAAGACGAAUGAAUGCCACAAUCUCAUUAAACUGUGGAAUGUGUGCACUGCUCCUCUGCCGCGUUUUUUUCACUCCACUCUCGAUGUGCAACAAGAUUAUAAGAUUACAAUUACAAGAUUAUAGUGGAAAAUCACAAAUUCUUUAAUAUAUGCAUGCUCUGUUGUGCCGAACACCUUUGCUGUGCCAAGAGGAGAUCUAUUGUAGGCUCCUGUUGUUAUUUACAUUUAAGUUUUUGAAUACAGGAAGCACAGAAUGUUUUUAUUUCUGGAA